GAAGAUUCUGGAGCCUUUCUUUCAAUGCAUUAACUCUCGUACGAGAGCUAUUUGCAUAAAGUCUUUCAAGUAUCACCCAAGCUUCAUGCGAGAGUGCAGGCGUGCAAGCAACGUGGGUUCGGCGCAGCAGACGGCAAGGGCUGGUUCGGUGCAGCAGCAAGGGCGUGAUUGCAGGAUCUGGGCGCAGAGCAGGGAGCAGAGGCGUAGGUGCAAGGCUCGUGCGCUGGGCAGGGGUGCUGGUGCGCAGGGCGCUGGGGUGAGGGGAUCUGGUGCGGGAGCUGGUGCGCAGGUUCGGUGCAGGGCAGGGAGAAGGCCGGGUCGGGAGAGAGAAAAGUAAAAGAAAAAUGGAAGGAGGAGGUUCUGGAGAAAAAAAAGAUUUAAUCUUUU